AUGACCUCGUCAACCGAUCACAUUCUUUCUCGCAUUCUCGACGAGCUCACGGAACUCAAAGUCAAGAACUCGCAUCUCGAGGCGAAGGUCGAUGCUCUACAGAAUGCAGCAACCUUGCCUUCACCGUCGUCAUUCGUUCGACGACAAAGCUCAACUGGCUUCACUGCUCUGGGUGCGCAUAGCUUCUCUCCGUCCCAGCCUGCUGAUUUCGCGUUCGGCACCUCGCCACCCGCUCAACCUCUUGGCCCACCUGCUCACCCACUAGGUGAUUUUCCUCAGACAAAUGGACCGAGCCCCGUUGACUCACCUGGUCUGGGAACCAAGACUCUUCCAGGCAAUGGCGCAGCAUCGCCCUCCCAGCUCGCCGCCCUCAGCUCCACUUCCGGCUACUAUUCUUCCCGAGUCAUUCUGACCACUUAUCCUGGUCAAGUUGGGAUCAAGCCCUUAUCGCUCAACUGGGCCGCUCAGGACCCUAAGCAGCGAGGACCUGUUGUUGCGAGUCGCCAUCCCAACUCGAUCCGCGUCCGCAACGCUAUUGGGGCAUACGGAGGCAGCUACUCUGUCUACCGAUCGCUCGCGAUCGCUAUGGGUCAGCUCAACCCCAACCACAGGCCCGAUUACACCAACACUGAGCCUCCGUUCGAUAUUCCACCUAACCCGUCGUGGUUCGACCCAUCCAAGAUCGUCGCUAUGGAUCCAUGGGGACACCUCGCCCCGCAAGUGUACAAGUCCGAGUUUGAGGGUGGAAUCGACAUCCGUCCUACCGCCUCGCUCACCAAGGCGCACAUCAAGAUGCCCGAGCUGGAUAAAGCUCAACAGGCUGGUGUCUUCCCCAUUGACGGCAAGAUUGUGGUCAAGAGCAUCUGUCUCCCUGGCGUGCCGGAGGACGUGGAUCCAGGAUGCGAGGUCAGCGUAAGCAAAGCCGCCGUCGACCCUGUCUGGUACUUGCCUGGUGUCGCUGAGCGUCUCGGUGUCACAGAAGGUGCACUGAGGCGUGCCAUCUUUGAAGACACGGGUGGAUCUUAUCCGGAACUCCUUACGCGUCACGAUCUCAAGGUCUUUCUGCCGCCAAUUUCCGGUCUUACCGUUUACAUCUUUGGACGACCGGAAGAUCUUCGCGAUCCCACCAAGGAGGUGACGGUGCGCAUUCACGACGAGUGCAACGGCUCAGACGUCUUUGGUAGUGACAUUUGCACCUGUCGUCCUUACCUGCUGUUUGGCAUUGAAGAAUGUAUCAAGACGGCGCAACGCGGUGGAGCAGGAGCGGUUAUCUAUUUCCGUAAGGAAGGACGAGCAUUGGGCGAGGUGACCAAGUACCUCGUCUACAACGCACGCAAGCGGGGCACGGACUCGGCGAGCAAUUACUUCAAGCGUACCGAGAACAUCGCCGGUGUCAAAGACAUGAGGUUUCAAGCCCUCAUGCCCGACGUGUUGCACUGGUUGGGCGCUACCAAUAUCACCAACUGGAUCUCGAUGAGCAACAUGAAGCACGACGCCGCGGUGAACAGCGGCAUCAAGAUCAAGAACCGAUAUGAGCUGCCGGAGGAAUUAAUCCCGGCAGACUCGAGGGUCGAGAUCGACGCCAAGAUCCAAGCGGGCUACUUUUCGGCUACCAAGCAGCUCACCGAGGAAGACCUUAAGCAUACCGUGGGCCGUGCUUGGGAAGACAUCGAUCACUAA